GCCACUAAGUGGGGAAGCUCGCCAGUCCGUGCGCCAGUCCAAGGGCCUCCGAGACAGCGGCAAGGCGGGCGCGGCGCGGCGGGGCGGAGGGGACAAGAUCAGGGCAGGAGGCAAGCGGUUAAUCGAAAAGGGUCCGGCACACCCAGCAAGAUGCUGUCCUGGCGGCUACAAACAAGCUCCGAAAAGGCCGAGCUCCAGGAGCUCAAUGCCCGGCUUUAUGACUACGUGUGCCGGGUGCGAGAGCUGGAGCGCGAGAACCUGCUGCUGGAGGAGGAGUUGCGCAGCCGGCUGAGCCAGGAGGAUCGCUGGGCCGAGGAUCAGGCACUCUACGCCGAGGAGGCGCGCAGCCUGCGACAGCAGCUGGACGAACUGAGCUGGUCCACAGCUCUGGCCGAGGGCGAGCGCGACGCGCUGCGGAGGGAGCUGCUGGAGCUGCAGAGGGAGGGUGUGGAAGCCGGCACUGCCCGCAGCCGCCUGGAUGCCGAGCUGGGAGCGCAGCGGCGGGAGCUAGAGGAGGCGCUGGGCGCGCGUGCCGCCCUCGAGGCGCUGCUGGCUCGGCUGGAGGCUGAGCGCCGCGACCUGGAAGCUGCCCACGAGCGCCAAGUGCGAGAUCUGCGAGCCCGCGCCGCCAGCCUCACCAUGCACUUCCGAGCCCGGGCCACCGGCCCCGCCGCGCCCCCGCCGCGCCUGCGGGAAGUGCACGACAGCUACGCCCUGCUGGUGACCGAGUCGUGGAGGGAGAGCAUGCAGCUGUACGAGGACGAGGUGCGCGAGCUGGAGCAGGCGCUGCGCCGCGGCCAAGAGAGCCGGCUCCAGGCGGAGGACGAGGCGCGGCUGUGCGCGCAGGAGGCGGACGCGCUGCGGAACCAGGCGCUGGAGUUGGAGCAGCUGCGCGCGAGGCUGGAGGAUGAGCUGCUGCGGAUGCGCGAGGAGUACGGGAUGCAGGCGGAGGAGCGGCAGAGAGUGAUUGACAGCCUGGAGGAUGAGAAGGAAGCUCUUACCUUGGCCAUGGCUGACAGGCUGCGGGAUUACCAGGAGCUCCUGCAGGUGAAGACCGGCCUCAGCUUGGAGGUAGCCACCUACAGGGCCUUGUUGGAAGGAGAAAGCAAUCCGGAGAUAUUGAUCUGGACUGAGAACAUUGACAACAUACCACAAGAAUCCAGAAACACAUCCUAUCGCUAUACCAACUCAGUAUUACAGAGGAAAAAUGAGAAAAAUCUCUUUCCAAGGCGAGAGACACCUUGGGCGGCUGUAAAUCACAGCUCAGCUCUGUAUUCUAACAGGCUGGGGCAGCUUGACUCACAGACAACCACGGCUGUUGGAAGUGCUGCCAGAAGGGGUUUCCUGACCUCCAGCUAUUCUUCCUCAGCUACAACCUCGACCUUGCAACAGCAAAAGCCCCUGGAGAAAACCCUCAGCAGUCAAGGCAGUUUAAGACCAGUCGCACCAACCCAUGGCUUUCUAAGAAACACUGAUGCUCACGUGAAAACAUUCCCCCAUAGAUCUAAAGUCGAAGGCACGGGGGACACCCACACACAGAGUGCCACAGAGUCCAUUAUUACCAGAGAGUCAUACAGAGGUCGCCGGGGCAACGUGGCAGCAGGUGCUGUGAACAGCACGCCGUCAAAUGAGAGGACUGUCAUUCUGGGAAAGAAAUUAGACGUGCAAGCCACUAAAGAACAAGAAAGGGACAGGUCAGGGGUCAUCAAAAUAAGGCCGGAAGAGAAAAUGUUUGAUUCUAAAGAGAAGGCUUCAGAGGAAAGAAACUUGAGGUGGGAAGAGCUGACCAAGUUAGAUAGAGAUGCGAGGAGGAGAGAAAGUCAGCAUUUGAGGGAUGAGGCCAGAGAGAAGGAAGCACUGAAGGAGAGAAGUAUAAAGGAAAGAGAAGUGCCCAUCAGUCUAGAAGUAUCCCGGGGCGGCAGACCAGAGGUGUCAACAGUACACUUGCAGUCCCCUGGAAGGAAGGAUGUCAGCCAUAGUAGAAGAGAGGCGGAGACCAAAGAGGCAAAGUUCCGGUUGGAUUCCCAGGACACUGCCAGCUCUCUGCAAAGUGACUCAAUGACAGAGACCAUAGCCGAAAACAUUGUCACCACCAUCCUUAAGCAGUUUACCCAGUCCCCAGGUGCUGAAGAGAAUGCCAGCUCUUUCCCGGACACAAAGGUCACUUACGUGGACAGGAAAGAGUUUCCUGGCGAUAGGAAAACCAAGACAGAAAUUGUCGUGGAGUCGAAGCUGACAGAAGACGUUGAUGUUUCUGAUGAAGCUGGCUUGGACUACCUUCUAAGCAAGGAUGUCAAGGAAGUAGGACUGAAAGGGAAGUCCACGGAGACAAUGAUAGGAGAGAUGAUCAACCUCGGUCUGAAAGGAAGGGAAGGGAGAGCCAAAGUCGUAAAUGUGGAGAUUGUGGAAGAGCCCAUGAGCUACAUAGGUGGUGGGAAAAUAGAGUUUUCUACCCCCUUUCAGGUAGAAGAAGUUGAUGAUGUGUCUCCCAGCCCCAAGGGGUUUGUGGAGGAAGAGGAUGGUGACGGAGAGACCCACAUGGCAUUCUCAAUGCGUCAACAUCAGAGGACCAACCAGCCCCAGGCAAGCAUCCCUCACGUGGAAGAAGUGACGGAGGCGGGCGACUCGGAGGGGGAGCAGAGCUAUUUUGUGUCUACCCCAGAUGAGUACCCUGGGGGACAUGACCAAGAAGAUGAUGGCUCAGUGUAUGGGCAGAUCCACAUCGAGGAAGAGUCCACCAUCCGGUACUCAUGGCAAGAUGAAAUUGGGCAGGGGACCUGGAGAAGGAAAGUGAGAGGUGACCCAGGGGAAGAGAAGCACAUGAAGGUCCUGGAGGUCCCAGCACCUUCCCUGGGUGGAGCUGUUGGUUCUGCUCAUUUGAAGGAAGAAGCCAGUGGUGAACUCCAUGCUGAACCCACAGUCAUUGAGAAAGAGAUCAAAAUACCGCAUGAAUUCCAUACUUCCAUCAAGGGUGCCUUCUCCAAUGAGCCCCGGCAGCAGCUGGUGGAGGUCAUCGGGCAGCUGGAGGAGACUUUGCCUGAGCGCAUGAAGGAGGAGCUGUCUGCCCUGACCAGACAGAGUCAAGGAGAGCCAGGGAGUGUCUCAGUGGAUGUGAAGAAAGUCCAGAGCUCUGCUGGUGGUUCUGUGACCCUGAUGGCUGAAGUCAACCUCUCGCAGACUGUAGAUGCUGAUCAGUUAGACCUGGAGGAGUUAAGCAGAGAUGAAGCUGGGGAAAUAGAGAGGGCUGUGGAGUCGGUGGUCAGAGAGAGCUUGACCAAGCGCUCCAGCCCAAUGCCUAAAAGCCCAGACAGGGAACAUGGAGAGGAGGUGCCUGCCGGUGGCAUUCUCUUCAAGCGCUGGGCCACCAGGGAGCUGUAUAGCCCAUCUGGUGAGAGGGAUGAUGCUGGCCUGGUCUCUCACAGCUCUCAUCAGCAUAUCACCCAGGGCCCAGUGUCAGCUACUGUGGAAGUGACCAGCCCAACGGGUUUUGUACAGUCUCAUGUGCUGGAGGAUGUAAGCCAGUCUGUAAGGCAUGUUAAACUAGGCCCCACUGAAGUGUGGAGGACAGAACAGGUGUCCUACGGAGGACCCACCUCACAGGUGGUGGAGGUAAGUGGAGAUGUCAGUGAGGCAGUCAGCUCUGAGGGAGCCAGCCGCUCUGUGAGGCAUAUUACACUGGGUCCCCACCAAAGCCGAAUGUCCGCAGAAGUCAUUUUCCGAGGCUCUGUGCCUACCUGGCAGAAAACAGGAGACACAGAAGAGCCUGGCCCAGCAGCACUGUCUGUGGAAGCUGACAUCUCAGGGAGCUGCAGGAUGCCUGGCUCUGAGCAGACUCAUACUGAGAAGGAAAUUCAUUUUCAGGGUCCUGUUUCUGGGGCAGCCCAGGUUGGUAGUAACUUUGCAACUGAAGAGUCAGUGGGUACCCAGACUUUUGUGAGGCAUGUCCAGUUAGGCCCCAAAGAAGGGUUCAUAGAAGAAAUCCAGUUCAUAGCUCCCAUCCCAGAUAAGGUAGGGUGGGGAGAAGAGGAUUCGGAGAGCGCCAAAGCGUCUCAGGGGAGGAGUAUGUCCAUACAGCGCAUUGACAUGGUGCCUCAGAGGCACCAAGCUUCCACGCAGAUGGCCCCACAGACACUGGAAUUUAGGCACGCAGAAGGCACGGUCCUGGUGGAAGGCUCAGCAGGCAUGACCCAGGCCACUCACAAUUUCACCUCAGAUAGAGAAAUCCUCAUGAACAAAGAGAACAUAUUCCAGAGGGUCGUUCCUGGGUCUCCUCCAGGCAGUGUGGGUGAUACAGGAGCAGAGGUGACAGCAAACAUCAGCAGAUCCUUUAGGCACAUUCAAAUAGGUCCUACAGAGGAGAAACCCUCUGAAUACAUUGUCACUGGUGGACCCAUAUCUAAAACAUUUGUCCUCGAUGGUUCUGUGGUGUCCCCUGGGCUGGGUGGGGGAGCAGAUGGUGGUAGCACACCGUGUCGAAUUGCACUGGGGCCCAAAGAAACUUCAUUUACUUUUCAGAUGGAUCUGAGCAACACGAGAGCGAUCCGCAGCUGGACCCGAGACACAGGGUCGGAAGUGGAAGCUCACAGUGUGUCUCACCACGGUGGCUGGAGAAUUUCUCACAGUAGGGAUGAGCGAGUAGCCAGCACCAGUUCUCAGGCCUCCGCUGGGGAUGCACACCAGACCCCUGGAGAGAAAGGCACAGAGCAGGCUGGAUUUGACAAGACGGUACAGCUGCAGAGAAUGGUAGACCAAAGGUCGGUGGCUUCAGAUGAGAAGAAAGUGGCUCUUCUCUAUCUAGACAAUGAGGAGGAGGAAGAGGAGGGCGAGGGAUGGUUUUGAUGAAUGGAACUAUAUUGUCCUGAAUGGCACUCUGGAAACAUCAGUGUACAAAGCCUUCAAAAUACCGACAUGCAAGCCCUUCACUAAAUGUAGGGAGGAGGGGGAGGCUGGCUAGACCUUUAUUUAGAGAAGCCUGGGCCGAGUUAGUUUGUUUUAGAACUCGUUUGUAAAGGUUGGAGAUUUUGAAUUUGAGUUGGAACUUUCACAGAUGCUUUUCAUCUUUUCAGUCUGGAAAAGUUCCUUUCUCUAAACUUUUCUCUCCACGCGUGGAGACAGUUUUUACGAGUUUUGCACCAGGUCACAGGCGUGGCUUACAUCUGUUCUACUGUUUAUCUAUAGCAAGACACUUUAACAUUAACCAGAUUAUAAUAAUACAUUUAAGGGUAGGUUGUAUUUGCAUGUGCUAAUAUCAAACAGUAAACUACGAAAAUAGGUGAAUUUUUCUCUUUCCUAAGUCUUAAAAAAAAAAAAAUUAUAAAAAGUAGAAAGUAGGCAAGACUGUGUUUGGAAAAAAAAAACUACUAGAUGAUGUCUUUAAGAAAAAGUUACUUAUCAGAGAUUUAAAAUUCUUUUCAAGUGGAAUUGCUUUCUAUGUACAAAACUUUAAAAAAAGAGAGGGCUUAGAAUUAUUUCUGGAAAGACAGCUGUGGUGUGUUGUUGGUGCUUCAGAUCACGUGUCUGUCCUGAUUAUUUAGAGUUGCUGUCCCUGGCCACAGGCAUGGGCAACCAAGAAUGAGAAUUGCUCACAGCGUCAUUUCAAGUCCUGGCUAGGCUGUGAGGCAGCAGACAGCGUUCUGUCCUGACCUAAGCUGGAGUACUUAACUCCUGCUAGAGCAGGGGUUCUCAACCUGUGGGCCUCAACCCUUUCAAGGCAUCACCCGAGAAUGCCGGAGAACACUGAGAUUGACAUUAUGAUUCAUAACAGUGGCAAAAUGAGUUAUGAAGUGGCAAUGGCGUGAUUUUAUGGUUGGGAGGGGUCACCACAACUUGAGAAACUAUAUUAAAGGGCCGCAGCCUUUGGAGGGUUAAGGACCGCCAUGCUCUUAACUACUGAACCAGUUCUCUACCCCAUACCAACCUCCUCUGUAGGAUUUUCUGAGCUCCUAGAAUUAAGGACAAAAAUGCAACAGCCAAAUACAAACCUCAUAAACUUUUUGCACUUUGACUAGAAAUCGUGAUGGCGGGGUAUUUAGGUUGAAUAAAGGUAGUACUUAGGGGAAGGAACCAGGUGUUUUCUAGGCAACCCAGGAUUUAGGCCCCCAGGACAGACAGAUGACAAAGGCCCCACCCUUGUGGGCCACAGAUUAUGGACCUGAAGCUGUGCACCACUGAAUUUAAUAAGGAUGGGCAAUGGGCAUGCUCAUUCGGAACCAUUCUUUUACACAUGGACAUUGUUUUUAAAGUUCCCAUCUCUGAAGAUUUGACACCACAUAAAAAGAAAAGGGGCCUCCACAGUGCAGCUUUCAUGGGUCCGAGCUGUGCUUUUGAGCCCAGGCCACAAACCUGCCUGUGGGGCACUGAGGAAGAAGGAUCCUAGGGGGAUGCCAUCUUCAGAUAGAGGAGGAGCAUGGUACAGGAGGACCUUCCUCCCUGUGUGUUCCACAGGGCACAUCUCCCCCUCUGGUUCCAGCAGGUGGGCAAAGGAGAGUGAGAUUUUUUUUUUUUUCAUUGCUAAGUGAAAGAGAAAUGCAGAAUGGCUUAAGAUGAUCUUUUCAAAAGCCUUGCUUCACAGCACAGGAAGGAAGCAGAUUUGAAUGGAGAGCCUUUGUUACUCACCUGCCAACUGAACUCAGGGUUGCCAGACUGAGACAGGAGUUAAUGCUGUGGCUCAUCAUCUCUAAUACUGUUAGAGAUGCGCUGAUUUAUUUUUACUGUAAUCAGAAAACCUGAGUGAUUUGUAAGAAUGUGGCCGAGGUGGUAUACAGCCUUGGUGUAAUAAUGCAAGACACAGUAACAAUGUUGAGUUUAUUAUGAGUCUAAGUGGGCUUAGUUAAAGAAUUUGUCCGUGGAUACUGGUGUGACAGGUUAUAAAUAUUGUGGCACUUCUACUUUGAAAAAUAAAUGUCUUAGAAUAAAAUACUAAUUUUCAUUUCUAAGUUGGAAUCCCCAUCAGGCAAUCCUAGGAAGGAGCCCUCAGCUGUCAGUGGUUACUCUGUCUCCACCUCACUAGGGUAGGGCUUUUACCCUUGACAUUGUAGUAGGUCACCCCCAAAGCUCCCUGAGGUUUUUGAAAUCAGUCACUCUGGAGUCAAAUCAACACUGAGGUAGGGCAGGGAGUCUCUCCCAGUCUUUUAUUGUUGAGACUACAAGAUACUGAAUGUUUCGUAGCUUUCCACUGGUUGUUUUGAUAGUUUGUGUUAAAGUGUUUAUUUAGAAUUAUCUAAGAAGCUUAUUUUGCUAAUCUAUUCCCUACAAAGAGAACUGUCACAAGAAUGUGUAGAAAUAAAAA